AAGAUCUAUACAUAUAGGACCAGGGGUGGACUGAGAACUCAUGGGGCCCCCAGGCAAUAGGGGAUCAUGCAGCCCCUGUAUCCUUGCCCAAACUCAAAAAAAAACUAUGAAAAAGGUACCAGGGGCAUCUCAUGGGGCCCCCUACUGACCCCGGGCCCUUGGGCAAUGCCCGAGUUUCCAAAUGGUCAGUCCGCCCCUGCAUUGUAGUAACUCAUAGCAAACUGGUUUCAACUGCUUGGUUGUUAGGAGUCACUGCACUCUGCAUAUUAUCAUGCUCUUUGCACCUUGAUCCCCCUGCAAAAUAUAAGCCCAGCCCCUGAAUUCCUUGUAGGUUUUUUUU